CCGGGAGCGGGCUAAUCGUGUCUCGUUCUCUCCUGACAGCUCAGCACCUGCAGCAGCAGACCGGAGAGUGUCUCACGGCUUGUUGCAGCGGAUCGAACCCUAAAAGCCUGUCUCUCUCGGAUCCGGCCCAGACCCACAGUCGUCCCUCGGCGGACCGGCCGUACCACUGCCAGGACUGCGGCAAGUACUUCCGGAUCAACGACAUCAAGCGGCACCAGCGCAUCCACAGCGGAGAGCGGCCCUUCCCCUGCUUCCAGUGCGGCAAGAACUUCCCCACGUCUGGGGACCUGAAGAGACACGAGCGCAUCCACACGGGCGAGCGGCCCUACCACUGCCUGCAGUGCGGCAAGAACUUCUCCGACUCGGGCCACCUCAAGCAGCACGAGAGGAUGCACACGGGCGAGCGGCCCUACCAGUGUCCGCAGUGCUCCAAGUGCUUCUACCGCUCCGGAGACCUCAAGCGGCACCAGCGGAUCCACAGCGGCGAGCGGCCCUACCACUGCAACCAGUGCGACAAGACCUUCUCCGACUCCGGACACCUGCGGGGCCACCAGCGCAUCCACACCGGAGAGAGGCCCCACCGCUGCACACUCUGCGAGAAGAGCUUCUUCAGAUCGGGCGACCUGAAGCGGCACCACAGAACGCACACGGGCGAGCGGCCCUACCAGUGCUUCCAGUGCGGGAAGAGCUUCUCUGAGUCGGGACACCUGAAGGAGCACCGGAGGAUCCACACCGGAGAGAAGCCCUACCACUGCAACCAGUGCGACAAGAGCUUCUCCCGGCUGGAGCGGCUCAAGGGCCACCAGAGCAUCCACACGGGCGAGAGGCCCUUCCACUGCACGCAGUGCGGCAAGAACUUCUUCCGCUCGGGAGAACUGAAGCGGCACCAGAGGAUCCACAGCGGUGAGCCAGCGUGAGCGCCUGGAGAGAGCACAAACACCUGAGAGACGGCAGCCGAUCGCCGAGCUUUCCUGUUCGCUUUCCUGAUAGAAAUCAGCAGUGCUGUGUGUCGUUAUUCAUGUGUUUGUUGUCGUAGACCGUCUGAAGUGCUAGCUCUGAUCUGAUGCUCCUCACACUCUGUAUGUUGUUCAGAAAUAUAUAGUGCAGUGACUCAUUAGAACUGUAUAUUGUACAGGAGCAUAUUAUUACUGUGUGUGCUCACAUUCCAUGUAUUUAAUGAGUCUCCCUCAAACUGUCUGUGGUUAUUUCUUUUAUAUAUAAACUGAACUGUUUUACUGCCCACAUGAGCAGACGCCACUGAAGCGUCUCUGGUUUCUCUCGAUGCUGGUGGUGUUUUACUAGCUGCCGGAAAUCUCGUGUGCGAAACACAGAGUAACACAGUUAUUGUUUCACUGUAACACUAUUAACUCGUGAAAGCGUUACAGAGUAUAGAUGUGCUGUAAUUCAGCAGCUGAUGGUGAUUAAUAUAGUAGACUGUGCUCAUGAAUCACAUUAGAUUUACCUUUUAACUUUUUUUAAUUAGCUCUUUACACUUGUUAUUGUUUUGAAUGGUCUUCUAUUUUUACUUCAUAUAUGUGUGUAUUUAACCACCAGUAGCUCGGAGGGCGUUAAUGCCAUCAAAGGCUGUUUUAUAAGAGCUGUGUGCAGGAUGGAGUUAUAAUCGUUUGGGUUCUUCAUGUGCAUGAAUGUUUUCUUCAUAUGUGUGUGUCAUCAUCUUUAAUAAACACUUCACCUCUAAUUACAGCCGCACACAUGCACAUGCAGUUUAUUGGCCUUCCGCAACAUCUUCUCCAGACUGCAGCAUUCGGUCAUUCAUUAACACUACUGUGCCGUGAGGUGAAGCGACUGAUUAAGGGUUGUUUAAAGCCGAACGGAAGGAGUUUUGUUUUGCGCAUCACACGACAUAUUUUCAUAUCUGUCACAGUAAGUUACUUGCCCCAUUGAGAACGUGAGCUUUCUGCAUAUAUUUCAUGUUUUCGUAUUUAGUAGUAAGCGCUGCAAAGCACUUCCGCUCUUGUGGAAACGGUUCAUUUUACCACAUCCGCGUGCGCUUUACGGCACCGAUCAGUCGGAAGUCCGGUAACCAGGGAGACGCCUGGAUGCACUGCGACCGGCGGGAGACGUUUCCCAGAAUGCCAUGCAGCAGAGUUCAGUCCUCUAGCUGUUGCAGAGGAGGGGAAGCACCUCAUCACCUGCAUCCCUGGAGUCACUAUCGUAACGGCCCAGAACGGCUUCAAGAUCAUCAAGUGGAUUCACAACAAACUCCCGCCGCCCAACACAGAUCCAUGGCUGCAGCGCAGUAAGAGUCCGGUUGGGAACCCACAGCGGAUCCAGUUCAGCCGAGAGAUGGUGGAUCUGAUGAAGAACCAGCAGUCCUGUUUGGUGCCCAUCACAAAGUUCAUUCCAGCAUAUCACCACCAUUUAGCCAAGCAGUGCCGUGUGUCCGACUACGGAUUCUCCAAACUGCUGGAGCUGCUGGAGGCCGUUCCUCACGUGCUGCAGAUCCUGGGUCUAGGUCUCAAACGCUUCACUCAAGACCUGCUGAAGUUUCAGGCCAGUAAACCGGUAGUGAUCGGGGACUUCACGCAGGCGUAUCAUUGGUGUUUCUGUGGUGGAUUAUGGGAUGUGUGAUCUGAUGGACCUGCUUGCCAGACACGACGAUCACAGUCUCUCAGCAGGACGCUGACAUGCUCAUCUCUGUUCCUAAGAGAGGUGAAGCACUGCUGCAGAGGCUUGAACGUUUCCGUGGUUUGUUUGUGUGCUGUAUCACACUUGCAACACGCUGCAUCUCAAGAGUGUAAAACUCACGGCUGGAAUACAUUACACAACUUAUGAACCGAUAUUAAAGCACUAGACAGUACACUCUUUCUGACCUUAUGAAUGUUUACAGACGAGAGCUGUGCAUCAUACGCUAAACAGGCUUUCACAAAAAAAGAGAUGUGUUAAAAUGAAAACAAUGUAUUCUAGAAUCGGCUCCAAAUAUCAAGCGUGUCUGAUAUCGAUCUGCAGUAUGAAGUCUUGUGUCCAUCAUGCACUACGUGAUUUUCUCGGUCAGCUCCGACUGCCCAAAACCUGCAGACUGGCUCUGACUUUUAGUGUCUAGACUGCAGAUGGGAGGGAAUCUGAGCAAAAGGGGUUUGGUGCAUUCCAGCCUUCAGAACAAACCUAACAACGCACGUUGAUGAGCUGUGUGACGCUACCUUUCUUCAUGGUUUCACUGUGGAUCUUGAAGGAAUCAUACAGUAACGAAUGCUAAACAUCCAUGAUUUGUUUCUCUUCAUCCAUCUUUGAGCACUAGUUUGGUCUGAUGAGAUUUCAGUGUGGGCGGGACUAGUCAGCUAACACCACAGAAAUAACCGACAGCUAGAUGUAGAGCAUGUUGCGGUCGUGACUGGUCAGGCCACGGUGUAACUCUGACACACAGGGUCUGUGCUUUCUGAAUGGGUCUGUCUCCCUCAGAGCGGACGGCAGAGGAGCUGGAGCGCAUGCGGCAAUUUGGCAAAGAGGUGGUCGAUCUUCUGAGACAUCAGACUCACUUCCGGAUGCCCUUCAGCAAAUUCAUCCCCACGUAUCACCACCACUUCGGACGCCAGUGCAAGCUCUCCUACUACGGCUUCACCAAACUCAUGGAGCUGUUUGAGGCCAUUUCAGACAUUCUUCUGGUCAGUACACGAGCGCGGAUGUGAAGGUGCUGGAGCGCUCGGCAGCAGUCUCUGACACGCUGUGUUUGUGUCUCAGGUGCUGGAGUGUGGAGAGGAGGAGCGUGUGAAAGCGUUAGCGGCUCAGCUGGUGAAGCUGCUUCGAGCCCAGAGAGACUCCGGCCUAGCUGUCAGUCAGCUGUUGAGUGAAUACAGCAAGACGUUUGUCUACAGCCUCCGCCUGCAGGACUACGACGCCGCCACGCUGCCCGCCCUGCUCAACAAACUCUGCCACGUGGUGAAGGUGAACGUCAUUUCCUUUCAUUGCGCUGAUAAGCCUCCUUAAAAGCUGAAGACAUUAAAGGUGUGGUUGAACUUUCGUGUGUAAUGUUGCUGUUAGAGCAUAAACAACGUCUGCAACGUUACGACACUUAAAGUUCAAUGCAAAGUGCGAUAUUUUCUUUUAAAGAAAUUGCUGUUUAAGGACUA